AUGGCCAAAGACAGCAAAGAUCAAAAAGCUCAAGAAUCGGGAAAAGUAUCUGAUGAAAAUGCGAAGGCAGAAAAGCCCGCUGUCCUUAUAGACCCUGUUACAGCAGCAAUGCUGGAGUUAAAGAAUUCCAUGCAGACGAUUGACAAAGCUGUCACCUCUAAGGAGAACAGAUUUAUGUCUCGAGUGAUACGCCAGGUCACCAAGCUACGCCGACUUCUCAGCAAGAAAGUCCUGCUAAAGGCUCUAGAAACUUAUGUUUCUCCUGACUCGCCUGUAAUCGAAGGCGUGGUUGCUUUUGUAGAGGGUGUGACAGAAGACGACGUAAUGCAAGUUGAAGCUCCUGCUACUGCCUCCCAAGAAAUUGAGAAGAAUGCCGUCAUCGAUAAGAAGGCUGAAGAAGAAAAGAAUGCGGAGAUCGAGAAGAAAGAGCGAGAGGAAGCUGCUUUCUACAAGAAGAUGUUGAGUAUCCCAGAAGCAGAGUCCUUUGUUCAACUCCUCGUGACUAUCUAUCUGCUCGACAAGAAAUAUCUUGACAAUGCAAUCUCCUGUGCAUCUUCUUUGAUACAACGUGCUCAGUCUUUCAACAGGAGGACUAUGGAUCAAAUUUUGUCGAGAGGAUACUUUUACUGGGCAAGGUGCAUGGAACUCACAGGAAAAUCAUCGCAAAUCAGAAACGAGUUGCUAGCCGCGUAUAGGACGACGGCUUUGAAGCAUGACCAAAUUGGACAAGCCACUCUCUUAAACCUUCUCCUACGCAACUAUCUGGAGUUCAAUCUCUACGAACAGGCAGAUACGCUGAUGAGGAAAACUUCGUUUCCGGAGGGAGAUGCCUCAAACAACCAGCUUGCAAGAUACCUGUACUAUACAGGAAGAAUCAAGGCUGUCCAACUUGAAUACACCGAUGCGUUCUUGAAUCUUCAACAAGCCGCAAGGAAAGCUCCUCAGCAAAGUGCUCUUGGAUUCCGAAAAACGGUUUACAAGUUUUCAGUAAUUGUUCAACUUCUUCUUGGCGAGAUUCCAGAUCGCUCGACGUUUUCACAGAAAGGAAUGAUUGCAGCGCUGAAGCCAUAUCUUCAGAUAUGUCAGGCUGUACGGGUUGGAGAUUUGGGGGCAUUUCACCGGGCAAUGCAAGAGCAUGGGGAUACUUUCAAGUCUGACAAAACCUACUCGCUCAUCGUUCGUCUCCGCCACAACGUGAUCAAGACUGGCCUGAAGAAGAUCAAUACGGCAUAUUCGAACAUCAGCCUUGAAGAUGUCUGCGCCAAGUUGUGUCUCGAGUCCGUUGAAGACACUAGGUUCAUCGUGGCCAAGUGCAUCCAGGACGGCGUAAUAGACGCAACCAUCGACCACGAGACCAACACAAUGAUGUCCAAGGCUAACUUGGACAUUUACACCACAAGCGAACCUCAGAUGCAGCUGCACAAACGAGUGGCGUUCUGCUUGGACAUGCACAAUCAAGCGGUCAAGGCAAUGAGGUAUGCAGAGAAUACCAAGACAGAGUGGGAGUCAGCUGAGGAAAGACGCGAGCGCAUGAAACAGGAAGAGGAGAGGAUGAAUAGCAUGGAUUCGGACGAUGAUUUCUGA